UGAUUUUCCUUAAGUGCACAAAAUAAUAUUAUAUAAGGAUCUUGCAGCGCAUUGUAUGCUUUUCCCAAUCUAUUGUGUUUCCCCUUGGAUCCUUUUUCUCACCAAUGACAAUACAAGUCGUCGAGGUUUCCCGAGUCACCCCGGCUCCUGGCUCUGCUAACUCGCUCACAAUCCCGUUGACUUUCUUCGAUCUACCGUGGCUAGUGUUCAACCCAGUCACGCGACUCUUUUUCUACGAGCUCUCCGAGUCGUCGUCUCGCGAGCAUUUCCACUCCUUCAUCGUCCCUAAGCUCUCCCUCUCCCUCUCCCACGUCCUCCGAGACUACCUCCCUCUCUCCGGCCGCAUCACAUGGGACCCAAACGAGCCCAAACCUAGCAUCGUCGUCUCUCGAAACGACGCCGUCUCCUUGACCGUCGCUGAAACUGACGCUGACUUCUAUCUUCUCUCCAGCUAUGGACUACGUCCAGCUUCCGAGUUGCACACCUUACUUCCCGAGCUACCUGUCUCCGAGGACUCAGCCACUGCCCUGUCUCUUCAAGUCACGUUGUUCCCGGGCCGAGGAUUCUCCAUCGGCGUCGCCGCACACCAUGCCGUUUUAGACGGAAAAACGUCAACCAUGUUCAUCAAAGCUUGGGCUCACCUUUGCAAACAAGAAAACGGAGGAGCCGUUGUCUCAUUACCGGAGACUCUAACUCCGUCUCUUGACCGGUCGUUGAUCAAAGAUCCAACGGGAAGACUCGACGAGGAGAUGGUCAAGAUCGUGAGGUCUCUGAAACGAGACGAAACCAACUCGGGGAGCAGAAGCCUGAGCCCUAUCCCCGCAUGGGUAAGCGGAGACGACGUCGUCUUCGCCACGCUCGUGCUGUCACGCGGCGACGUGGAGAGACUCCGGGAGCGAGUCAAGAACGGGAGCCAGCUCCAUCUGUCGACGUUCGUCAUCUCCUACGCUUACAUAUGGACGUGCCUCGUGAAGGCGCGUGGAGGAAACAUGGAGAGACCCGUGAGUUUCCUCUUCGUUGGAGAUUUCAGAGAGCGGCUCGACCCGCCUCUCCCCUCGACGUACUUCGGGAACUGCAUGUUUCCGGCGGGUAGCUACAACAGCUACACGGCGGCGGAUUUUGAGGGAGAGGGAGGGUUCGUGACGGCGGUGGAGAUCCUCAGCGGUUUGGUGAGAGGGUUGAGUUCGAAAAAGAUAGAGACGGUAGCUGAAGAGUUCAAGAUUAGUUUUGAUUGCUUGGGCGUGACGUCACAGUUCGGGUCGUUAGCCGGGUCGAACCGGUUGGGUGUGUACGAGUCGGAUUUCGGGUGGGGAAGACCGGUUAAGGUUGAUGUUGUGUCCAUUGAAGGAGAGAGACUGUCAAUGGCAGAGACACGUGAUGAAUCAGGUGGCAUCGAGAUCGGAAUGUGCAUGAAGAAGGCUGACUUGGACAUUGUCCUUACUUUGUUCAACAGUGGUUUACUAGACUAAUAAACUCUGUUUUGUUUCAUACAAAACUUUUUCAAAUAAGGUUUUAAGCUCAUUGAGUUGUUUCUUGUCUCCUGUGAUAUUUUUGAUUAUUACUCCAAACCAUAAUAAGUGUUAUUGAUAUGGUUAUUACAACAAA